AUGAGCUACAUGCAAAAGGAAGAGGUUGAGGGCGACUGCCCAGAAUGCAAGCCAGCAUUCGACAACAAGAGCGGACUCAAGUCCCGGAUCACGCUGAACUUCACGAGAAAGACGCCCCGCCCCAUCAUGCAAGAGGUACACCAGCUCAUGGGAACCUUCGCCGAGAUCGACCAGCAGCACAACCAGUUCAGGUACCUCGACCCACAGGCGCGCGAGAACCACAACUGCAAGCUCUUCCUGGACUGGCUCGACGACCCAGAGCACCCGGGACCCCAGCCAGGCGACCUGGAUGAGUACGACCUCGCCUGGUUACGCGAGAAGCGCGAGCUCAUGCGCGCAAGCCGCGCCGGACACCAAGACGGCAUGGGCAGGAUCACACCACCACCUCCCCCCACGCCACCAACCACUAUGACCCAGGUCAUCUCCGUCUGCGUCAGGGGCGAGUACACCCUCAGGGCCCGCCACCACGUCCUCACCGCCGACCAGCGCGAGGCCAUGCGCCGCCUGGGCCACGACAACAUCCGCAGGCUCUCCGUCGUCGACCGCCGCCACCAUCACCACAGCGACACCAGCAGCGACUAG